AUGACGCCGUUCCCCGGAGCCUACGCUCCGUACGCGAUGCCGUACCAGGCCGGAGGACACACGGUUGCAUAUGGUCUGAUGACCCCGCCAGAAAGCCCCGAAAAGCCCUCUGGUCGUGGGCUCGACUUUCAUCACGCCCUGGACGCGCGCAGCUCGCACCUGAUGGCGUUCGACCUGCGGCAGGGGAUGUUCUUCGGCUCUGAACAGCUGGGGACGCAAGCAGUGAAUCAUCCCGUGCGGAUCCUCCGUGUUAGCAUCGGACCCCUCUGCGUCGACAUUACGAACGAGCGGGGCAUGGUUCCGACGGUGCAAGAUGUCGCCUACGGCCUAGCGAGGGCUCUGAGGAUGUCCGAAGCAACACCGCAAGAGGUAGCUGUCGCGGUUUCGAUGGGCUUUGUCCACCCCAGCACGCCGGUGAGGGGCACCGAACGUGCAAGACUCCUUGAUGCGAGACCCUUCUUUGGUGGCUUCACACUGAGAACGGUGCAGCAUGACGUCGCCAUCGUCGACUGCCAUCUGCGUGCUCGUGUGUGA